AUGGCUCGCAUUCUCAUUACUGGUUCAGCUGAUGGUUUGGGCCUCGAAGCUGCUCGUCAACUUGUCAAGCGCAAUCACACCGUUUAUCUUCAUGCGCGCAACGCUCAACGCGCAGCAGAAGCCAAAGCGAAUUGCCCUGGGGCUGCUGGUGCCUUUGUAGCAGACUUGACACUCGUGUCAGAGACGAAAAAGCUCGCCGAGGAGGUCAAUGCUGUCGGAACUUUCGAUGCCAUUAUUCAUAAUGCUGGCUUGAUGGCUGGACCAUUCCGCAAAACUCCCGACACCGGCAUCCCAGCUCAGACGGCCGUCAAUGUUCUUGCGCCUUAUGUUCUCACCUGUCUCUUAACACCUCCCAAGAGACUCAUUUACAUCGCAUCUCAACUACACGCCCAGGCCGACACAAGCGUCAAGGAUAUUUUCUGGCUUGAGCGAGGCGAGUCUCAGUUCCAAGACUUCCCUGCCUACUGCGAUUCAAAGCUUCACGUUAUGUUACUCGCAAACGCGGUCGCCAGACGCUUCAAGAAUACAUCAGUCACGUCUGUUCAUCCAGGAUGGGUUGCGACGAAGCUUGGUGGUGAAGAUGGGCCAGACAGGCUGGAGGACGGAGUCGAUACAUAUAUUAUGCUGGCUGAGGGAGACUAUGAUCAGAGCUUGACGGGUAAAUAUUUUGAGCCCAAGAGGAAGCUGGCGGAGCCAAUCCCUCAUUGUAGUCAGGUUGAGCUGCAGAGGCGGGUUGUUGAUGCUUGUGAGAGCUUGGUGGGAUUGAAGCUCCCUGAGCUCUGA